CGAGGGGUCGAAAUUUGGAGCUGGCACUGGAAGAAUGCUGGUUAGGGAGGUCUACAAACAUUGCCUGACCGCAGCUUAUUAUGUGCACGACCAGGCCGCCGACAGCAGAUUGUACGUAGAAAUGUGGAGUUAGUCGUGGCUGUGUAUAGGCCCGGCCGAUGCCGCACGCGAUAACGCCGCGGCACCGUUAAUCUCGCAUAGCGUCGUGUCGCACAGCGCCAUGUCGCACGCUGUCAUGUCGCACCUGUCGCACGGCAGGGCUGGCCGACGGGCCCAGCACGCGCUUUGUCGUGUUCUCCGCGCGCGCUACAGCUGCUUGUGGCGACAGCCAGCAGGCACAGAGGCUGCUACGGCCGGCUUGAUGGACCGGGGGUUGCGCACGCGAACCAUCCAAAUCAUUCCCCGCUUGGCCGAAUUCACGAUUGCUGGCGCUUCGUCGGAUCUUCAUGCCAGCUCAUUCGCCGAUCCUUUCGCCAGCUCAUUCGCGAAGCCGUUUGGUAGCGCCGUUGCGAGUCCGUUCGCGAGCACCUUUGGGCGACCGGGCGGCGCGCGUGGGGUGUCAAGUGACACAGACUUGAAGGAGGUGGCCGAGACCCUCGCUAUAGUGUCACUCGUUAAAGCGUUCAGAGACCGAGGGCACUAUGUGGCACAGCUAGACCCCUUAGGUCGGCACCUUGGCCCUCUCAAGGACAACGCCCAGCCACCACCUGCUGCUGCUGCUGCUGCCAAUGUUUCAGUAGCGAACCCAGGCAGCAAGGGCAAGGCUCGAGGGCGAGCUGGGCUGAGCUGGGUAUCAAAGACUGCAGCUGCUGGCAGCAAGGGGAGCGGUGCUGGCAGCAGCAGUGGUGCCUCGAAUCUCCCCGAGCCUGAGAACGCGCCGGACCUGUUCCGCCUGCUUCGGAACUACCCGGAGCUGGACCUGGGUGCAGUAGGUCUGGCAGGCAUUGACGUGAAGAAGAGGUACUUCUUGGGCGAGCAGCUGCGCAUUGUGAGAGCAGCCCAGCUGUUCUGGACGGUGGAGGAGGUGGUGGGGCUGCUGCGCAACGCGUACUGCCGCACGAGCACAGUGGAGUGCGCGCAUCUGGCGAGCAAGGAGCAGAAGCUGUGGGUGCAAGCUGCCAUGGAGCGACCUCCCUUGAGACAGCUCUUCUCGCCCCGGCAGCAGAGACAGCUGCUGCACCGACUGCUGUAUGCAGACUCCUUUGAGCGUUUUCUUGCACGCAAGUUCCCCUCAGUAAAACGGUUUGGCAUGGAGGGCGGGGAGGCGCUGGUGCCAGGCCUGCUGGCGCUGCUUGGUCGAGCUGCUGGGAGCGGAGUGAAGUUUGUUGAGCUGGGCAUGGCGCACAGGGGUCGCCUGAGUGUGCUGCAUGCCGUGCUGGGAAAGCCCCUGAGCUCCAUCCUGUCUGAGUUCAAGCCACCUGAAGUUUCACCUGAACUCUCUGAGCUGCUGCAAGUGGGCGACGUCAAGUACCACCUGGGUACUCGUUCCACACUCGAGUUUGAAGGCAACCAGGUGCACGUGUCGCUGCUGCCCAACCCCAGCCACCUGGAGCUGGUGGAUCCAGUGGUGGUGGGCAAGGCCAGAGCCAAGCAGCUCUUUACCAACGACACCAGCAGGCGAUCUGUCAUGGGCUUGAUUCUCCAUGGAGAUGCGGCCUUCAGUGGCCUUGGCCUCGCUCCUGAGGUGCUGCAGCUGUCGGAGCUGCCAGAGUACACCACAGGCGGCACGAUCCACGUGAUCAUCAACAAUCAGAUCGGAUUCACCACGGAUCCCAAGCUCGCACGUUCCUCACCGCACCCCUCUGACUUCGCCAAGGCGGUAGGGGCGCCCAUAUUCCAUGUGAACGCGGAUGAUCCCGAGGCUGUGGCUCACAUCUGCUCGCUCGCUGCGGACUGGCGGCAGACAUUCGGCAAGGAUGUGGUGGUGGACCUCGUGUGCUACAGGCGACAUGGGCACAAUGAACAGGACGACCCCCGAGUGACCCAGCCCCUCAUGUACUCGCUGGUGGACAGCCACCCUCCGUGCCUCGGGCUGUACGCCAACCGGCUCCUGGCAGACGAGGUGGUCACGACUGAGGAGCUUGCCAGCUGGCAGACUGACGUGGAGGCUGAGUUUGAACGCGCCUUUGAGAACGCUAACAAGCAACAGCUGUCGCCACAGGAUUGGCUGGCCGCCAACUGGCAAGGGGAGGCUCUGGGUUCGCUGGUGAGUCAGCGCAAGAUUCAACCAACCGGCCUCCCCACGAAGACACUGCAGCGUGUGGGCGAGGCGCUCUGCACUGUACCGCCAGACUUCACCUUGCACCCUCAGGUGGCAUCUCUGCUGGAAAAUCGGCGCAAGAUGAUGGCAACUGGGGAGGGCAUUGACUGGGCCAUGGCAGAGGCUCUCGCCUUCGGCUCGCUUAUCCUACCGUUUGAUGCGUCAGUGGGUCAGACCCCUGACAGCAACCCGGCGCACGCCGUGCGGCUGAGUGGGCAGGACUGUGAGAGGGGCACGUUCAACCACCGCCAUGCCGUGAUGCAUGACCAAGUCACAGGAAAGCGGUACACCCCCCUGCAGCACCUAGCAGCGGGGCAGGAGCGGUUCACAGUGUGCAACUCGAGUCUGUCGGAGGCAGCGGUGCUAGGCUUUGAGUACGGCUUCAGCCUGGAGAACGAAAACGCCCUAGUCUGUUGGGAGGCGCAGUUUGGGGACUUUGCCAACAACGCGCAGGCGAUAAUCGACAACUUCAUAGUGAGCGGCGAGGAGAAGUGGAUGACGUCCACGGGGCUCGUCAUGCUGCUGCCGCACGGCUUCGACGGCCAGGGGCCCGAACACUCGUCAGCGCGCCUUGAGAGGUACCUGCAGCUGGUGAACGAUGAUGCCGACCACCUCCCUGGCUACGGGCCGCACUUUGCCAGCCAGAUCGAGGCAGGAUUCUCUGUGGCGGACCGAGACAACAAGGGCCACGUGUCACUGUCUGAUUUGCUCUCGUUCAUGGAGUCGCAGUACGGGCUGGGCCACGACUACGUGACGGCGCUCGCUCACCAGAUGCACAUCGACAGCUCGAAUAAGAUCUCCAAGGCGGACUGGGAGGCGUUCAUGGUGCGCUGGAUGCGGCGCAAUGCCCAGAGGGACAACAACCUCUGCGUCGUCAACCUCACCACUCCCGCCAACUACUUCCAUGCGCUCAGGCGCCAGGUUAAUCGGCACUUCUCCAAGCCCCUGGUGGUGAUGGCACCCAAGUACCUAUUGCAUCACAAGCCCUGUGCUUCACCUCUCAGCCAUUUCACGUCGGGCACAUUCUUCCAGCCUGUGAUAGCUGAUGGGGACGCGGGGGACAACAUGAGCCAUGCGCAUGGCGACAUGCUGAUGCCACCUGGCAAGAUGAAACGGCUCGUUUUGUGCUCAGGGAAGAUUUACUACUCCCUGGCGCAUGCAAGGAGGGCGAGGAAGCAGUGGGAUGUGGGGCUGAUGCGCAUAGAGCAGAUAGCGCCCAUGGCGGUGGACCACAUGGCUCGGGUCAUCAACAGCCACUGCAACGCCGAGCUCGUGUGGGCGCAGGAGGAGCCCAAGAACAUGGGAGCAUGGCCGUACAUCAGGCCACGUGUUGCCACGCUAUUGCACAGUCUAUGUCCACAUCAUCCUGCCACGUCAGCACUCACACCCAUCCGCUUUGUUGGCCGUGCCCCCUCUGCUUCUCCAGCCACCGGUAGCUUUGCCAUCCACCAAUCGGAAACCAAAGCCAUCAUAGAUGCUGCACUCGCGUGAUUCUGGGUUAUAUAAGAAUGGUUUAACGUGUUGUUAAAAGGGUAUCAUGAGCUGCUGCCAUAAUUUAUUACUCGUUAGACGCUUGAGAAUCGUGGAUUGCUUUUUAGGCCCGAAAUCAAUCUCAGCAUAAGCCUCUAGUACACUAGCUUUGUAACAAGGAGUGGGUAUCAAGUGUGCCUGGGUUUCGGCGCGAGGACAUGCGGUUGGCUCGUGCGAUUCCUGCCUCGCCUGUCCAUCUCCCUUCGAGAUUGGCGUGGCGGCUCGGCUA